GAUGUUUGUAAACUGAGAAAAACUUCCAAACUGUAGCACAUUAAGUUGAUAGGGAUGUCUUGGAUAAAAAGAAACUACACUUUUCUCCCAAAGCAGCAGGGUAGUUGAGCCAAGGCUGGAACUGAGGACACUUCCUGUUUCUGAACUAGUUAGUUUAGCAAAUGGCAAACACUCGCCUAGAUAACGUCCUAGGCACCUAGCUGAAGCUUUCAAGAAGCAUCAGGUGGACUGCAGACUGGCAUCAGGUGGACUGCAGAACUGGCAGAACUUCUCAUACGUGAGAGACAAGACCAGUUGCGUGAGCACGCAUGUGUGAAUACACACAAAAUUAACUGUACAUACACAUGUCAGUGUACAGCCUCUGUGAAAGCAUUUUCAAAGGUCCAGAGCUAAGGUUCUAAGCUUCAGGUCUAAACAGGUUUUCUGUAUCACAAUAACAGGUUUUUCUACUGAUGCACUAAGACAUUGACUUGAAAAAGUAAAAGAACAGGUCUAUUUGAGCAAAGCAACUCCCAGAUUUUUUAAAAAAUGGAUUUGACCAACCAUGGACUUAUUCUACUGCAGCAGUUAAACGCUCAGCGAGAGUUUGGUUUCCUGUGUGACUGCACGGUUGCAAUCGGCGAUGUAUACUUCAAGGCACACAAAUCAGUUCUUGCUUCAUUCUCCAAUUACUUUAAGAUGUUGUUUGUCCAUCAGACCAGUGAGUGUGUCCGUCUGAAGCCCACCGACAUUCAGCCCGACAUAUUCAGCUAUCUGCUCCACCUGAUGUACACCGGGAAGAUGGCCCCACAGCUCAUCGACCCUGUGCGGUUGGAGCAAGGGAUCAAAUUCCUGCACGCGUACCCCCUCAUCCAGGAAGCCAGCCUCGCCAGCCAGGGCACCUUUUCCCAUCCCGAGCAAGUCUUCCCGCUGGCCUCUUCAUUGUACGGCAUUCAAAUCGCCGACCACCAGCUGAGACAAGCCGCCAAGAUGAAUUUAGGGCCUGAGAAACUUGGGCGGGAGCCGAGGCCGCAGGCAUCCAGGAUGAACCCGGAGCCGGUGCCCGAGACCUCGCAACUGUCCCAGCUGACUACACACCUGACACAGGUGAACCGGACAAACAUGACGCCCGCAGACCCCCUGCAGACCUCGCUGUCACCCGAACUUGUCUCCACGCCUGUUCCUCCCCCUCCUCCUGGGGAGGAGACCAACCUGGAGGCCUCUUCCUCAGACGAGCAGCCGUCCACCCUCACGAUCGCCCACGUGAAGCCAAGCAUCAUGAAAAGGAACGGCAGCUUCCCCAAGUACUAUGCCUGCCACCUGUGUGGCCGGCGCUUCACGCUGCGCAGCAGCCUGCGAGAGCACCUGCAGAUCCACACCGGGGUGCCCUUCACGGCCGGCCCACCCGGGGAAGGCCGCGGGCCCCUGUCGCUCUGCAGCAAUGCAGCCGACCUGGGCAAGGAUGCCCUGGAAGUGCCCGAGGCGGGCAUGAUCAGCGACAGCGAGCUCCAGCACAUCUCCGACUCCCCCAUCAUCGACGGGCAGCAGCAGUCGGAGACACCACCGCCCUCGGACAUUGCAGACAUUGACAACCUGGAGCAGGCGGACCAGGAGAGGGAGGUGAAGAGGCGUAAGUACGAGUGCACCAUCUGCGGCCGCAAGUUCAUUCAGAAGAGCCACUGGCGCGAGCACAUGUACAUUCACACCGGCAAGCCCUUCAAGUGCAGCACCUGCGACAAGAGCUUCUGCAGGGCCAACCAGGCCGCGCGCCACGUGUGCCUCAACCAGAGCAUCGACACGUACACCAUGGUGGACAAGCAGACGCUGGAGCUCUGCACCUUCGAGGAAGGCAGUCAGAUGGACAGCAUGCUGGUGCAGGCCAAUAAGCCCUACAAAUGCAACCUGUGCGACAAGACCUUCUCCACCCCCAACGAGGUGGUCAAACACUCCUGCCAGAACCAGAACUCAGACGUGUUUGCCCUGGACGAGGGCCGCUCAGUCCUCCUGGGCGGUGGGGACUCGGAAGUAACUGAGUCAGACCGUCCUGUGUUAGCGACCAUCAAAAAGGAACAGGAAACUGUAUUACUAGACUGAAUGUUACUUGUCUUUUUAAAAACUGUCAUUUUUACACAGAACCUUCUCCCCCCCCACCCCCACCGCCACCCCCACCCUGGGGACAGUUUCUCCAUGGCAUGAUACAAACGGGCCCACUCCUUUCCGGUCCCCUCCUCCGCCCCUAUCCCCUUAAGGCUUUGUGCAUUAUAAACCUGGACUCUAUUUACUUUCAUUCAGGGGAUAUUGGAUGGAUAAUGGUCAGUAGGAUCUAUAAAGAAAUAGGUUUUGAGAAGUUUUAGAUUAUUUUAAAAACCUACUUGAAAAUAAUUAAGAGUAUAUAAUAAAACAACUAGAAUAUAAUUUGGUAAGCUAAAAUUAUGACUGUCCCCGGGUAAUAAGUCUUCCUUCUCAAAGAAACCAAGUCGGAAAAUACAGCAUGCUUCUUAGAGAUAAAGCUGGGCUCUGCUAUGCAAACCUAGAAGGUGUGGGGAAACUUGAAACCCGAGAAAGUGUUUUUACUAUUUGCCCUCUAGGUGUCCGAUUUCAGAGUGUAUCCUUUUGAGAUUAUGUCCAGUUAAGGAAAAUCACUAGUUAAGAAAUCAACAAAAUGCGAGAGUAAUAAUGUGAUGGCAAUCUUCAUUUUUGGAUCAAACCUGACGGGGCUGUGAGUUUGUAUGUGAGCGGACACGUGGAUACUUGCUACAAAAAAUGAGAGAAUUGAUGCUCAUGCCUUACCCGAUGCGGCCACUUUCCAAGAUGAGCAAGAAGAUGCUGGGUUUUGGUUUCUGGCAAGCUUGUUUUAAAGUCAGAUCUGAAAGCACGAUUCUGUAGAACGUCGUUCCGGACAGCUAAUGACACGCCAUGUCCUAGCAGUUGCCAGUGGGGAGCGUGUGUCAGCGCCAGCCAGCUGCCUGUAAAGUCAGUGUGUGUGCUGCAGGGAAAGGACUGUGAAACGCCCAUCUUACAAGGGAAGUUUGAGCGGAAGUUGUAACUAAAUGAGUGUAAAGUUGUUGCUGCCUGGCUUGGUGGUGCCCAUCUAUGACCCCAGAGCUAGGGAAGGGGAUUGGGGAUGGGGUGGGCCAAAGGCAGGAGAAUUGGAAAUUUGAGGCCAGCCUGGGCUACAUAGAGAGACCUUGCUUUAAAAAAAAAUAAAAGCAGUGCCCAUAGUUCACUGGUGACAUCUACUAAGGCAUCAAAAAAUAACGAAGAGAAAUCAGGAUGACAAAAAAAACUUAAAUUUCUUCUUGGAGGAAAAAUAAACAAUUGAUUUUGAUAUGUAUCCUCCAAUUUUUGUUAAUACCUGAAAUUUUCCCCACUGGCCUAACAGCAUUAAAAGUUGUCCAUUAAUCUUCCCUUGGGCCAAUAAGAAAAUGGUUUCACAGGAUGUAACAGGAGCCAGAAGUGAGGGCUAAGGGGUGAGGGGUGGGCUAGUGCAUAGCUAUUCCGUACGUGUAUGUUAGAAACUGAAUAUCCCAUUCCCUCUUAUAUGUAUAGCCGAGUUCUCAAAUUUGUAAGUUUUUAUACAUCCUUUCAUUGAAUAAACAUUUAAUUAAAUGGG